CAUUCUUGCUGAGCACAUUCACAACGUUAUGACUGUGCUCACCUUCUACAACUGGCAAUCCGCGGUGAAACACGCCGGACUCUUAUAACCCGCAAAGCUAGUCCUGCCCGUUUUCGCCACAUAAAUAAAGAUCCAAACCUCAGGUGUGGUGUAUCUGAUUAAAAGAUCGGGCGAAAAGCAAUUAUCAACACGUGACAAAUUGGGCAAAGGCAAAUUCAUUAAUAAUGGGAAACGUGUUUGCCGCUUCUGCACUUCCACCGCCGCCGUAUUCGCCACCAAAUUCGGUGCCGGAUUUAGAGAAGGUAGACCCGUCCAAAGGCAUAGAUACGCCUGCUAAUAUUGAAAACCCGGGGACCAUUGAGGAGUUGCACAAAAAAUGCAAAGAUAUAUUUCCUAUGAAUUUUGAGGGUGCCAAGUUGGUAAUUAACAAAGGAUUGAGCAAUCACUUUCAUCUUUCCCAUACUAUUAACCUGAGUUCUGUAGCGCAAUCUGGUUACAGAUUUGGUGCUACUUAUGUGGGUACAAAGCAGAUUUCGCCUACAGAAGCUUAUCCCGUGUUACUGGGUGAUAUUGAUCCCAGUGGAAAUCUCAAUGCUAGUAUUCUUCAUCAGUUUAGUUCAAGAAUGAAAGGAAAAUUAGCAGCACAAGUGCAGAGAAACAAAUUCACCGCUCUACAAUUAUCUUCUGAUUUUCGUGGCGACACAUACACCUGUUCUGCAACGUUAGGCAAUCCGGAUAUUUUAAAUAAUUCUGGUGUUCUUGUUUUACAUUAUCUCCAAAGUUUAUCUCCUUCACUUGCUAUGGGUGUUGAAUUUGCAUAUCAACGUGGAGGUGCUAUGGGAGGAGGACAAGUCGGAAUAUUGUCUCUUGCUGGUAGAUAUACCCGCGGUAAUUCCACAUUAAGUGGUGGCAUCAGUACAUCUAGUUGCCAUCUGUGUUUCCACCAACAAGCUAGUGAUCAAUUACAGGUAGGCGUGGAGUUAGAAGUCAACGCGCGAAUGCAGGAGUCGUCGGCAACUCUUGCCUAUCAAGUCGAUUUACCAAAAGAUUUAGUGUUUAGAGGUAGUAUAGAUACGAAUUGGAUGGUAGGAGCGGUUCUUGAAAAGAGAUUACAUCCGUUACCAUUCUCGUUCGCGCUGAGCGGCGUAUUCAAUCACACUAAACAGCAAUUUAGACUGGGUUGCGGUCUAAUAAUCGGUUAAAACUGAUUUUUUAACUGAUGAUUUGCGAGAUGUGUAUGCGGAAAAAAUCCAGGCCGUUCCACUUUUUGUGCAACCGGACACGGUUACGUAAUUAGGGUCCAUAAAUACUACGUCGAUCCUUUUCCGGUCUGAAUGAUCAUCUGACAUAGAGUUUGACUUGAAGAUGCAAUAUUGUGUACAGAGGUCGUGCUGAUUUGACCAAAAGCUAGAAUUCCAGAACUAAGCAUUUCUCUCUUUUGCUCUAAUAUACUGUUCAUACUUUUUUCUUAUAGCGAAUUCGGUAGCUUGCAUUAGUGCGCACUGAGUGCGUGUUAAGGCUUGUUUACAAUACAUUCUUAUAUUUAAGAUCGUGUCUUAAAUACAUAUUUAAAAACAUUUUAG